CUAACGUUCUCUAUGGGUGAGUGCAAGUGGGACUAUAGAGAGGCCUUGUCAAAGGCCAUCCUUUUCUUUGAAGGCCAGCGCUCUGGGAAGCUCCCUGCCAAUCAACGCAUUGAGUGGAGAAGAGACUCUGGUCUUUCUGAUGGUGCUUCUGCCCAUGUGGACCUGACGGGAGGUUACCAUGAUGCAGGAGAUAACGUCAAGUUUGGGUUUCCAAUGGCCUUCACAACCACAAUGCUGUCUUGGAGUGUUUUGGAGUUUGGUGGAUUCAUGGGCAGUGAUCUCUCCAAUGCAAAGACUGCCAUACGCUGGGCCACAGAUUAUCUUCUCAAGGCUACUUCUCACCCAGGCACCAUAUAUGUUCAGGUUGGGGAUCCUAACAAUGACCACAAAUGCUGGGAGAGGCCAGAGGAUAUGGAUACUGCCAGAACUGCUUAUAAAAUUGAUAGCCAAAACCCUGGCUCAGAUGUGGCUGCCGAAACAGCUGCAGCACUUGCAGCUGCAUCCCUAGUGUUUCGUAAAACAGACCCCUCCUACUCCAAGAGACUCAUUCAUGCUUCCAUGAUGGUAUUUGAUUUCUCUGAUAAGCACCGAGGAUCUUACAUCAACGCACUUAAGUCUGCAGUCUGUCCAUUCUAUUGCUCUUAUUCUGGGUAUCAGGAUGAACUGCUAUGGGGAGCUGCAUGGUUGCAUAAGGCAACUAAAAAUGCCGAAUAUUUGAACUACAUUCAAGCAAACGGCCAGAGUUUAGGAGCUGAUGAAUCAGACAAUAUAUUUGGGUGGUUCAAUAAAAAUGUUGGUACCCGAGUGCUUUUAUCAAAGGAAUUCCUGGUAGAUAAAGUGCAGUCUCUUCAAGAAUUCAAAAGUCUUGCUGACAAAUAUGUCUGUGCUAUCCUGCCUAGAUCUAAAUACACACCAGGAGGACUACUCUACUUAUUACCUGAAGUUAAUCUGCAGUAUGUAACAUCUGCAUCCUUCUUACUUUUGACCUAUGCAAAAUACCUCAGCUCCUCCAAACAACUAGUGUCUUGUGGGGAGGUGACAGUGACUCCUCACAAGAUUAGAGCAAUAGCAAGGAGCCAGGUGGACUAUAUACUGGGUUCCAAUCCUCUGGAGAUGUCAUACAUGGUUGGGUAUGGUUCCAAGUACCCACAACGAAUUCACCACAGAGGCUCAUCUCUGCCUUCAGUUGCCCAACACCCACAGGCCAUCGGGUGCAUUCCGGGCUUCCAAUUCUUGAAUAGCAAUGCCUCUAAUCCAAAUCUUUUGGUUGGAGCAGUUGUGGGUGGCCCAGAUGCCAAUGAUCACUUUCCAGAUGACAGACAUGAUUAUCAACACUCUGAACCUACAACCUAUAUCAAUGCUCCAUUACUUGGCUCUCUGGCUUACUUGGCCCAUUCUACUCACUCUUAG